AUGUCCGCCGCAACGCCAGACAAGUCCGGCGAGAAGCUGGCCGAGGCGCGUUCAGUGCCCUCGCUCCAGCAGGCGCAAGCACCGCAGGACGUCGACGUGGAGGACCCGGAUAAGUCUAUGACCUACGCCAUCGGCGAGAUCGAGGAGCACUUCGACAUCGACUCGGACAACUCGCCCUUCCCAGAGGUCCGCGCUAACGUACCUAACACGGACGACGUCGCCAUGCCGGUGAACACGCUCCGCAUGUGGGUUCUCGGGGUCCUCUUCACCAUGGUCGGCUCCGGCAUCAACCAGUUCUUUUCCAUGCGUUACCCUGGCGUCACCAUCUCGUCCCUCGUCGCCCAGCUCGUCGCCUAUCCCGUCGGCUGCGCCGUCGCUCGCGUCCUGCCGGUGAAGAAAGUCUGCGUCUUUGGGCGGGAGAUCGUCAUCAACCCGGACCACUACUUCAACAUCAAGGAGCAUGCGGUCAUCACCAUCAUGUCUAACCUGUCCUUCGGACCGUCGUGGGCUACCGACAUCAUCCAGGCGCAAAAGGCAUCGGCGUUCUAUGGGCUGGACACACCGGUUUCGUAUCAGUUCCUGCUCGGUCUGUCGAUGCAGCUGUUUGGUCUUGGAAUGGCUGGACUGGCGUACCGUUUCAUCGUAGAGCCGCCUCACAUGAUCUGGCCCUCGACUCUGGCCAACGCGGCGCUGUUUCAGACUCUCCACGGAAGGGCUAACCCCAUUGCUGACGGCUGGAGGAUCUCGAGGUAUCGCUUCUUCUUGUAUGUCUUCAUCGGUGGCUUCUUCUGGUACUGGCUCCCUGGGUACCUGUUCACUGGCCUAAGCACAUUCGCUUUCAUCUGCUGGGCGGCUCCAAAUAACGUGGUGGUCAAUAAUCUAUUCGGCAUGUCCACAGGUCUGGCCUACCUGCCCACCACAUUCGACUGGUCUCAAAUCGCCUAUAACGGUUCGCCCCUGGUCGUUCCGUUCUGGGCCCAGGCCAACGUGUUCGCCGGCUGGGUGAUCCUCUUCGCCCUCGUGACGCCGAUCCUCUACUACACCAACACCUGGUACACCGCCUACCUGCCCUUCUCCGGCGCCGACACAUACGACAACACCGGAAAGAUCUACAACGCAACCCGCGUCGUCGGCAAAGAUGGAAACUUCAUCGUCGAGGAGUACGAGAAAUACAGUCCCCUCUUCAUGCCAGUCACCUUCGCCCUCAGCUACGGCAUCUCCUUCGCCGUGAUGAGUUGCGUCCCGACGUACAUCUUCAUCAACCACUACAAGGAAAUAAUCGGCGCCUUCAACCCGGGAAGGAAGAAGGACAUCCACGCCCGCCUGAUCGAGAAGUACCCCGACACGCCGUGGUGGUGGUACGCAAUCCUGACUGUCAUCGUCUUGGUCCUCUCGAUCGUCGUGCAGGUGGUCUAUAAGACGCAGAUGCCGGUCUGGGGCAUCUUCGUCGCCUUCGGCCUCGCCAUGGUCUACCUCAUCCCGACGGGCAGCGUCUACGCGGUGGCCAACCUCAACAGCAACGUCUUGACCGUUCUAGGCGAAAUCAUCUCGGGGUAUCUCAUCCCUGGCAAGCCGAUCGUCAUGCUCAUCUUCAAGUUCUAUGCGUACACUGGCCUAAGCCAGGCAAUGAUCUUCUCCUCGGACAUGAAGCUUGGCUUGUACAUGAAGAUCCCUCGGCGAACGCUCUUCAUCGCGCAGCUGACGGCAUGCGUCGUCGGCUCGCUGACGCAGAACGCGGUUCUUCUCUGGAUGCUCAACCACGUCAAUGGAAUCUGCAAGGAAGACCAGCCGAACGGAUAUACUUGCCCGCAGGGGCGUGUCAAUUUCUCGUCGAGCAUUGUUUGGGGAGCGAUUGGACCGGCUCGCUUAUACAGCGUCGGCAAGAUCUACUCUGGGUUCUUGCACCUCUUCUGGAUUGGUGCUUUGCUUCCAAUCGUCACUUUCUUCCUGAAGAAACGGUUUCCGAACAACAAAUUCCUCCAGUACCUCCACUGGCCCCUUUUCUUCGCCGGCACUGGAAAUGUGCCUCCAGCGACCGGUCUCAACUACACGUCAGCUUUCGCGGUAUCAUUCAUCUUUAACAAGUGGCUCAAGGGGAAAUACCCGCAGUGGUGGGCGAAGGUGAGUCCUCUUACGCACUUCAAGGGUUGA